AUGUCAUUGAAGCGACCUGGAGAUACUCGUUGGAGUUCACAUUACGGUACUCUUGUCAACUUGAUACAUUUAUAUUCUUCUAUUGUUGAUGUUCUUGAGUAUGUUGGGGAGAAUGGUCAUGACGAUUCAAAAAGGGCUGAAGCUGAUGAUCUGCUAGAAAUUAUAAAUAGUUUUGAGUUUGUCUUUGUGUUACAUCUUAUGAAGCAAAUCUUGGGAAUCACACAUGAACUCUCCCAAGUGCUACAAAAGAAAGAUCAAGACAUUGUUAAUGCGAUGAAUCUUGUCAAGGUAGCAAAAUCACGUCUGCAAAUAAUGAGGGAAAAAGAUUGGGAUGUAUUGCUUGCUGAUGUUUCUAAGUUUUGUAGCAAAUAUGAACUGGAUGAGCUUGACAUGGAAGAUGAGUUUGUAGCUCGAAAAAAAGGAAGACGUAGAGCUGAGAAAAUGAAGAAUCUCCACUAUUAUCGAGUUGAGCUCUUUUGUUCUGUUAUUGACUUGCAAGCUAAAGAGUUGAAUCAACGUUUUGAUGAAGUCAACACAGACUUAGUUUUAUGCAUGCCAUGUUUUGAUCCUAGGGAUUUAUUUUCUGCAUUUGAUUUGGAGAAGCUGCUUCGUCUUGCACGGUAUUAUCCUUCUGAAUUUUCUGAAGUUGCUUUGUUCGAGCUUAAAAGUCAACUUGAGAACUUUAUUUUCGAUGUGCGCAUAGAUGAAAAGUUUUCACAAAUAUCAGGAAUCAGUAGUCUUGCUCAAAAGAUGGUUUCUACAAGGAAACAUGAAGUUUUUCCAAUGGUUUAUUCAUUAGUUAAGUUGUCAUUGAUCUUACUAGUUGCCACUGCAUCAGUAGAAGAGCCUUUUCAGCAAUGA